AUGUACUGUCCAUUUUGUAUUGCUUUUAGUUCAUCUGCUACCAUGUUUUCUAAGGGUUGUAAUAACUUUAAACAUAUUUAUGAAGUUGUUAAAAUACACGAAGAUUCUUUAACACACAGACGCUCUGUAGAAGCGUUUAUUCAAUCCACUAACGAAAAAUCCAUUGAAUUUGGUAUUAAUAACAAUUUAAUGACAUUAAAGAAAAAUCAAAUUCUAGAAAAUAUCCAUGUUAUAAACGAAAUAUUUGAAAUUAUAAAAUUACUUGGUCGUCAAAAUUUACCAUUUAGAGGUUCUAAAAAUUCUGAAAGCUUAUACAAAUGGAAUGAUGAAGACAAUCUAAAUAAAGGAAUUUUUUUGGAGUUGGUACAGUUUACUGCUAAACGAGAUGCUACACUGUACAAACAUUUGAAUACUGCCAUAGAAAAUAGCAAACACAGAAAAGCAAAUUUGGAAAAGAAAUCAUUGGUUUCUUGUGGUAGGGGUUCACUUGUAACUUUACUGUCUAAAAAUACAGCGAAUAAAGUUAUUCUAUCUAUUGUGAAGUCAAUAAGAGAUAAAAUUAAAUUGGAAUUAGGUGAACAACAUUUUAGUUUGCAGAUUGAUAGUACACAAGAUGUUAGUGUUGUAGAUCAGGCAGCAGUGUGCAUCCGGUAUAUUUAUGAAGGAGAAGUAAAAGAAAGGCUAUUAGCCUUAUUAAAAGUGGUAGAUUCUUCUGGAAAUGGCUAUUAUAAUAUGUUAAAACAACUUUUUUCUGAACAUUCGAUUAAGUUCAACAAUAUCAUUGGUGAAUCAUUUGAUGGAGCAGCAAACAUGAGAGGGGAGUACUCUGGUCUAAAUCCAAAAUUAAAAACCAAGAAAACCCAAAAGCCAUUUAUAUAUGGUGUUACAGUCAUUUACUCAAUUUAUGCAUAUGUGAUACUUGUAAAAGUUUGGAUGCUAAGAAUUUAUUUGGAUUUUUGA